AUGUGGAUUAUUAACUGGUUCUACGACGUCCUCUCAAGCCUCGGCUUGCUCAACAAGCAUGCCAAGCUUCUUUUCCUUGGCCUCGACAAUGCCGGAAAGACCACCCUCCUGCACAUGCUGAAGAACGACCGUGUCGCUAUCCUCCAGCCUACUCUUCACCCCACUUCCGAGGAGCUCGCCAUCGGCAACGUGCGCUUCACCACCUUCGAUCUCGGCGGUCACCAGCAGGCCCGCCGCCUGUGGAAGGACUACUUCCCCGAAGUCAACGGCAUCGUCUUCCUCGUCGACGCCAAGGACCACGAGCGGUUCCCCGAGGCCAAGGCCGAGCUCGACGCCCUCUUGUCCAUGGAGGAGCUGGCCAAGGUGCCCUUUGUCAUCCUCGGCAACAAGAUUGACCACCCCGACGCCAUCUCGGAGGAGGAGCUCCGUCACCAGCUCGGCAUGUAUCAGACCACCGGCAAGGGCAAGGUGCCUCUGGAGGGAAUCCGACCUAUCGAGGUCUUCAUGUGCUCCGUUGUCCUCAGACAAGGAUACGGUGACGGUAUCCGGUGGCUCUCGCAGUACGUCUAA